GUUGCCGUGGGUCAUUCGGAAAAAAAUAUUUUUCUAUGGUGAAUAAACGCCCUCCCUCUAGUACCAGGCUCCAGUUUCCCCCAUCAUGGCUCCUUCGGACAGACAUGGGUACUGGGGCCGCCCAACAUCAACAUUGGACUGGUGUGAGGACAACUACAUCGUGUCAUUUUACAUCGCCGAAUUCUGGAACACCGUCAGCAACCUCAUCAUGAUCCUACCUCCCAUCUACGGUGCCCUCCAGACACUCAGAGAUGGCCUGGAAAUCCGCUAUGUGUUCGCCUUCCUGGGACUCGCAGCUGUGGGGAUUGGGUCUUGGUGCUUCCACAUGACUCUGCAGUACGAGAUGCAGUUACUGGACGAACUGCCCAUGAUCUACAGCUGUUGUGUGUUUGUGUACUGCCUAUAUGAAUGCUUCAGGCAGGAGAACACGGUCAAUUAUAUCCCCAUUGUCAUCUUGUUAACCUUCAGUAUUGCCGUCACUGUAGUUUAUUUACAGUGGAAGGAGCCGGUAUUCCAUCAGGUCAUGUAUGGGAUACUGGUUGGUUGCUUAGUGCUGCGGUCUGUAUUCAUAGUUACAUGGGUGUAUCCAUGGCUCCGCCCCCUCUCCUACACCUCUCUAAGCGUGUUCAUGAUUGGCUUUCUGCUGUGGAACAUCGACAAUCAUCUCUGUGACACGCUAAGGAGUACCAGGGAGAGGCUGCCCCCAGUGGUAGGGGCAGUUACCCAGCUCCAUGCCUGGUGGCACGUCCUCACUGGGCUGGGGUCCUACCUGCACAUUCUCUUUAGCCUCCAAACAAGGACUACCUACCUCAAGCACAGACCAAAGGUAAAGUUCCUCUGCGGGGUGUGGCCGGUGAUCCACAUAGAGGCCCUGAAGACCACGUGAGCGGGGUCGGGGGAGGACAUGGCUGCCGUCGCUCUGGUAACGCCCUCCCAGGCCGGACGGGGAGGAGGGGCCGUCUCACUGGCUGCUUUGGAUUUGGACUGACGGCCUCAGGUCUGGUCUGCUCAAGGGAUUCUCCCAGAUGUGCCGAGCGUAGCAUUUAGUCCACUAUGGAUCAUGGGGAAUACGGCUGUGUUCUCGCAUCAGGAUCUGUUGGAAACUUGCACUCUAGAAAUGAGAGAUGUCAGUCAUGUCAGUCAUCUUUUCUCAUGCAAUUACAGCAAGCUUGUGUUGUAUGCGUGUGUGUAGGCCUAAUGUUAAAUUCAGACCACUCUACUUUAUUUUCUUUGUUCCAUAUCCCCCUCUCAUCACACAAACUUCUGUGUAUGUUAAGCGUAAGUGUCUUGAGUCAUGACCUGUACAAAAACCAAAUGUUCCUCACUACAUGAUUGUUGCUUUUACAGUACCCGCCCAAAGUUUGGACACACUUUGCCUUUUUCUGCUUUUUCCCUAUUAAUGUUUUAUUUUCUCUGUUUGUAAUCAAACAAUUCAUAAGUGGUCAAAGUGCAGACUCUCAGCAUUUAUUCAAGGGUAUUUUUGUACAUUGAUUUCACCAUGUAGUAAUUACAAUACGUUUUAUACAUCAUACUAUUUUUUACAUCAUCACGGGUCCAAGGUAUCAGAUGAGCCUCAAGCCAUUGU